CAGAGAGAGAGAGACAGACAGAGAGAGAGAGACAGACAGACAGACAGACAGACACAGACAAGACAGAUUACGCUCAACCAUUAACUGAAAAACAAAUUAUUGUUAAGCCAAGAAAAACAGAGAGAGGGAGGGUGUCAGUUAUAUUACAAGUGUCUCUCAACCACUAAACAGACAGGAGAGACAGACAGGCAGACAGACAGACAGGAGAGAGACAGACAUACAGAGAGAGAGAGAGUUAGUGCCGACUUUUCUUUUCUUCUUAAAGUCACUUAAAAUUCAUGUCUAUUAUCUGCUUCUACACACUGUUCUCUCUCUCCACUCGUCUCUCCGUCCAUCCACCCAUCUGUCCACCCCUCCAGUCGUCCAUCAGCCUGCAGACUGUUCAUUCUGCUGGAACUGAACUCAAACCCUGAAAACACAUCUAUCAAACUGCGGAGAUGGGCUUCGGUGAGCUGCUGGAGGAGGUCGGAGGGUUUGGCAGGUACCAGUGGAUCCACGUGACUCUGAUCAGUUUACCUGGACUGAUGAUGGCGGGUCAGAACCUGCUCAACAACUUCGUCUCAGGAAUCCCUGCCCACCACUGCAGCCUACCGGCCAAUCACAGCCUCUACAACCUGUCCCACCACCAGGUGGAUGAGAAGCAGUUGUUGAGAGCUUUCAUCCCUCUGGACUCUUCAGGAAAUAAACUGGACCGCUGCAGGAGGUUUGUGGAGCCUCAGUGGCACCUGUUAGCUGCUAACAGCUCAACUAACGUUAGCCAAAUACAGACAGAAGGAUGUUUGGACGGAUGGACGUUUGACCGCUCUGAGUUCCUUGCCACCACCGUCUCCGAGUGGGAACUGGUGUGUUCUCUGCGUCCUCUGAAACAGAUGAUUCAGACAAUCUAUAUGGGUGGAGUUUUAACAGGGGCCAUCAUUUAUGGUGGUCUGUCAGACAGGUUUGGGAGGCGGUCUGUCCUUACUUGGUCAUACUUACAGCUGGCUGUGCUCGGUUGUAGCUCGGCCCUCUCUCCUUCAUACACUGCCUACUGCGUUUUUAGGUUUCUGAGUGGGAUGGCAGUUUCUGGAGUAAUCCUGAAUGGAGUCUCACUGAAGGUGGAGUGGAUCCCGACUAAAGAGAGGACGUUAGUGGGCACGCUUACCUCCUUCUUCUUCACAUUUGGUCAGAUGAUUUUGGCGGGGCUUGCCUAUUGGCUGAGAGACUGGAGGAAGCUGCAGCUAGUCAUCUGUGCCCCCCAGUUCCUGUUCUUUGCCUACAGCUGGUGGUUCUCAGAGUCGGCUCGUUGGUUGGUUCUGAACCGUCGGUCUGAGGAUGCGCUAAAGACUCUUCACAGAGUCGCUCGGAUCAAUGGAAAAUCAGAGAUAAUCGACAAGUUAACACUGGAGGUUCUGCACUCUCACAUGAAAAAGGAGAUUGAGUCCAGUCGUUCGUCAUUCACAGCGUACGAUCUGCUGAGGACCAGAGGGAUGAGACGGAUCUCCAUCUGUCUGAUUGCCGUCUGGUUCUCCACCAGUUUUGCCUACUACGGUUUGGCGAUGGACCUGCAGAAGUUUGGGGUGAGUAUCUACCUGAUGCAGAUCAUCUUUGGAGCCGUUGAUUUUCCUGCCAAGCUGUUGGCUCUGAGCAUGCUCAGUUACCUGGGGAGGAGAGUCUCUCAGGCGACUUGUCUCUUCCUGUCAGCCCUUAUCAUCUUUGCCAACAUCUUUGUCCCCUCAGACAUGCAGACCAUCAGGACCACGUUGGCGUGUCUUGGUAAAGGUUUCACCUCGGCCUCCUUCACCACCGUUUACCUGUACACUGGAGAGCUCUACCCCACCAUCAUCAGGCAGACAGGAAUGGGCUUCGUCUCCACCAUGGCGAGAGUCGGCAGCAUGGCUGCCCCCGCAGUCCUCAUCCUGGAUGAGGUACUCCCUGCUCUGCCCAGUGUGGUGUAUGGGGGGGCGGCGGUGUUGGCAGGCUGCUUCGCCUGCUUCCUGCCGGAGACGCUGAACAUGCCACUGCCCGACACCAUCGAGGAUGUGGAGAACAAAUGGUCUGGAAGAAGUCCCACCCCCCCACAACAAGAAAGCGUGUCAUUGAAUGAGGGUGGGGCUUUGGGGCAUGUGGGCGUGGUCAUGACCGAAGGCGUGGCUUUAAAAGAGAUGAAGGAUUCAGAAGGGACCGGACUCAACGCGCUCUGACCAAUCAGACGACACCAGUCACACUGAACCCCCACCAAUCGGACAGCUGGACUCAUUAAUGACAAGAUAAAUGAACCAAUGAGAAUCAAAGAGUGAUACGUUUCAGUGUAAAAGUACAAAGAAAAUUUCACAAUUUAAACAUUGAAAUCUAUUUUAAAUGAGUUUAAAUCAAUUAAGUCAGAUGUUUGAUUAUGUAUUGAUUAGAUAAUAAUAAAGCCACAACAGUGAUGAAACAA